GUCACCAGCACGAGAUUGGCAAGCGGAGAAUGGGGCUUUGGGUUUUGGCGGUUCUGACAGUUUCCAUGUAUUCCUCAGUAACCAAGAGCAGUAAAGCAAUCUGGGGUCUGGAACAUGAGGCUUUAAUUGUGAGAUGCCCCCAAGGCGGAGGCCCGCUUGAUCAUGUGGAAUGGUAUAACUCAAUUACAAAUGAGAGUAUGUCUACUCAGAAAAGCAAGGGGAUCGUUGUCUCCAGAGACCGCCUGAAGUUUCUACCAGCCAGAAUGGCUCACUCUGGGAUGUAUGCUUGCGUGGUCACGAGCCCAGACUUGAAUAUGACUGAAUUCAUGAAUGUGACCAUACAUAGAAAGACAACAGGCUGUAACGUUCCCGAUCAUUUGAUGUACAAAACAGUAAAUGGAUCAGCAAAGAACCCCAAGAUAACUUGUCCAACAAUCUUCUACUAUAAUUGGUCAGCGCCUGUUCAGUGGUUUAAGAACUGCAAAGCUCUUCAAGGACCGAAGUACAGGGCGCACAGAGCAUACUUGUUCAUUAAAAACGUGGGGCGAGAUGAUGAAGGGGAUUACACAUGUAAAUUCACGCACACUGAGAACGGGACCAGUUACAUCGUGACCGCAACCAGAUCAUUCAUAGUCGAAGAAAAAGGCCUUUCUGUGUUUCCAGUAAUUAAAUUCCCUGCUCACAACACAACCAUGGAAGUGGAAAUAGGAAAACCAGUGAAUAUCACCUGCUUAGCUUGCCUUGGCAAAGGCUCUCAGUUCUUGACUAAAGUCCUGUGGCAGAUUAAUGGAAGGAAUGUUGAAAUGUUUGGCAAAGAAAGAAUUCAAGAGGAAAAAGAACAAAAUCAAAGUUCCAGCAGUGCCAUGGAUUGUUUAACCUCGGUAUUAAGGAUAACUAAUGUGACAGACAAGGAUUUGUCCCAAAAAUAUGACUGUCUGGCCCUGAACCAUCGUGGCGUGAUAAAGCACACCUUGCAACUGAGAGAAAAACAGCCAAGUAAGGCAUGUCCCUCCCACUAAGCUUGACUAAACUGGUGGAAUCAACUGUAAAGUGCAGCCAUUUUCUCAGAAGACUGUGCGAUGCAGUUUGGUUCGGGGGAAUCCUUCAUGAUCAUGGGGACUAGUUGGCUAGUCUCGUGAAAUGGCUUUCUCCUCUUGGAGAUGCUCUUUAAAUCUGCUCUUCCCAGAAUGUUUCUGUCUUCCAGGAGGACUCUGUGCUGCUCUAUUUCUUCUCUCUGUCUUCCCCUCCCUCCCUUUUCUCCCCACAGUCCUCUUCCCAC